CACAUGACUUUGCGGAAGUAGUUAGGCAGAGAAGCAAAAUGGCAGAAGGAGGUGGAGGUGACCAAGGAAAUACACCGCCGGAUCCCAUUGUGGAAGUAGGAGCCGUGCUGUUAAAGGAUUUCAUCUACGAGCGGAUUCAACGGCAUGUAGAUGGCGACGCUGUCGUGACCAGGGAACAGCUGGGCGCAAAGGAGCUGUGUGACCCAAACCAUAAGAAGCUCGCUCAGUGUCUUCAGCAGAUCGGAGAUGAACUGGAUGGAAACCUUGAGCUACAAAGGAUGAUCAAUGACUCUGCCCUCAUCCCAACAAAAGACGUGUUCUUUAAAGUCGCCUGUCAGAUCUUUUCUGACGGUAGAUUCAACUGGGGUCGAGUGGUUGCUCUAUUUUACUUUGCCUGUCGUCUUGUCAUAAAAGCCCUUAUAACUGAAAUCCCUGAAAUCAUCAGAACAAUUAUCAACUGGACUAUAGACUACCUCCGGAAUAAUUUGAUCAACUGGAUAAGGGAGCAAGGCGGCUGGGAGGGUAUUCGUUCCUACUUCGGGUCGUCCACAUUGCAGACCUUAGGGGUUUUCCUGGCUGGUGUUCUUACCACCGUUAUAGUCAUACGCAAGAUGUGAGGGCCGUUGGAGAAGCAGGGAGGAGAAAGAUGGGAGGAACUACGACUGAGGUAACAGGAACAAAAGGAAGAUGAUCAGAGGGUCGACAGGAGCAAGUCAAAAAGUUGAGCUUGAAGAACUUGUGUAAGGAGAACCACAAUCCCUGUGAAAGUGGGAGUUGGACUGAAAGCGCUGUUGUACCUGUGAUCGAUGUGCCACUGAGGAGGAGAGCUGUGCAUGAUGCACAAAAGCAGAAGGAUGGGGAGGACUUUAGACUUUAACAAAGAAGGAAAUUGAAAUAAUUUAUUUUUUGCUUGGUACAAAGUCACUGCACUCUGUUUCUUACCCUAAAAGCAAAGUUCAGCUGGAUGAAGAGGGUUCUCUCUGUUAUUUUAGUUGUAGUGCUCUUUCUUUCGUUUUUUUUGUUUUCAUCAUUAUCAUCAUCAUCAUCAUCAUCAUAUCUGUAUGCGAGCCAGGCUUCAUUCAUAUGUAUGUAUGAGUAGUACCUAAUGGAAAAUCUUCAACAAACUGCCACCUACGGACAUAUUGGAUGAUGAUCACAUCAAGUCGAGCUCACAUGGUGUUUCUACAAACAAUUAUUAGGUUAGAGUCGCAACUCCACCGGUUAUAACCAUUAGAUUAAAACAGUCAAUUUGUCUCCCUGACCUACCAUAAAUCCAUGGCCUCUUAUUAUGUCAGGGAAUAACAAAAAGUGCCUAAUCAAUGAGCUAUGUUCACGUUUUGUUUACGUUUCAAAUUAAUCCUCCUGUUUGAAAGAAACACAGCCUCACUGAGCUAUUAGACCCACUGAAAAUGCCUG